GUGAGUCAGCAGGGCCUGCCACGCCUGCUUUGGCUUAAGGUCCCAGCAGCCAUACCCACCACCACCAUUGCCAGUCCCAUCAUCGCAGCCAUGGCAGGAAGCUCUAAUGUGCCCCACAAGACCUCGCUGCCCGAGGGCGUCAGAGUCGGCACCGUGAUGAGAAUUCGUGGUGUUGUCCCUGAUAAAGCUGGCAGGUUUCAUGUAAACCUGCUGUGCAGUGACGAAAAGGAUGCUGACGCCGCUCUGCAUUUCAACCCCCGGCUGGACCAGUCCGUGGUGGUCUUCAACACCAAGGAACGGGGCACCUGGGGCAAGGAGGAGCGUGGCCAUGGCUUUCCCUUCCAGCGUGGACAGCCCUUCGACGUGCUCCUCAUCUCCACCAAGGAAGGCUUCAAGGUGGUGGUCGAAGACUCGGAAUUCCACAACUUCCACUACCGCAUCCAGCCCGAGCACGUGCGCGUGAUGGAGGUGGGCGGCGACCUGCAGCUGGAGUCUGUGAAGAUCUUCUGAGCGGGCGCGGGGACAGAGUCCCGGGCCUGGAUGGCAAAUAAAGUCAUAGCCCUGGGCACCUC